AUGGGUCACCACGUAAGUGUUCUUGUUUCAAGUUUAGGAAGAUUUUUUGAAUAUCCUGUAAAAAGGAAACCUAUAUGCUUUUAUAGGCAAGAGGAUUUUACAGCUACAGGAGAACCUCAAAGAAAGGCAACUGAUAUUCAAAAAGUGACCAUGACUGAUUAUGAUAAGCUCGUAGAGCAAUUUUACAAGCGCCUUGCUGAGCAACGACAGUAUAAUCAAGAAAUGAAAGAACAGGACAGAAGGUGGAGCAUGCAGAAGGUAGUUCAAAGGUUCCCAGGGUGGAAUGAGGUUACCAUUGCAAACUUGCACAGCCUGUUUCUGCUAUUCGACAAUCAAUCUAAUGGAAUGCUAGGUUUUGAUGAUUUGUUAGUGUUAAUACUCCUCUAUCUAAGUACUCGUAAGUGCUAUAGUUGUGCGGUGCUAGAGAGCUUAGGAGAUGAAACAUCGAUGGAAAUUCGAAAAGAGAAGUUUACUGAAGCAGACAGUGACAAUGAUGGCUGGGUCACUUACGAUGAAUUUUUAUCGUUGGUUUACAACUUUAGUCCACAAGAAGAUGGUAACCUAUGUGGUUUAGCGCAGCUCUGCAAUGAAGUCGCAGAAAAUAUACAGUUUGUUAGCAAUUUGACUGUGGGGGAGCAACUGGAAUAUGGAUUGUUU